AGGCCUUGGAUAUGGCGGCUGCGGUAGUGAUGGUGAGCAGUGCGAGGACGAGGUUGGGAGGAGAAGAAUCGCCGCCAACCCUGGAGGAAUGAAGGCCAGACUAUGAAGUUCAUUUGUGUCAGUGUUUGUCGGAGAUAGGAGUUCCUUCAGUUUUUUUCAUCAUAAGAAUCGUUUUUGGCUACCUAAAGGCACAAGAUCCUGCUUCUGAGACGCUGCUCUGGGCAUUUAGGCUGUUUUACGCGUCAAAAGGUAGCACGUUCAAUCUGGCCGUCAUUUGACUACCUCCUUGUGCAAAUGCUUUAAAGUGACACGGGCAAUUGGAUUUUGAACAUCUGGCGACCAUUUUCCCACCAGAAACUGCACAUUGUCUACAAGAAAGUCUUCAUCGAUUGUAUUUGUAAGGCUUGCGACACCAUGCUCACUGUGUCACAAUUUACCUCCAUGGAUAACGUGGAUCCCAUCAUGGAGAGAUUACGAGGUCACUGGCUGCAAAGGAGCGCAACGAGAGACUUCCUGCCUCAAGAACCGGAUAUCAGAAAGAGGAUCCUCGAGCAAUACUUGCAUUGUGGUCCGAUAAAACCCAUUCAAACAUAUGCCGGGUUGUUGAAGAUUGAAGGCUGUCGGGACUUCAAGGACAUCAGGCUGGCGAAGGUGAGCGAACCAGAUCUAGCUGUCCCGCACGUCACCAAGGACGGAGGCUCGCACAACUCCAACAAGCACGAGUACACGCGGGAGAGACACUGGAUGAUGUUCUCAAAGAAUUUCCUGGCCAUGCAGAAAGACGCAGCGCCAACAGCAGAGAACAUCGUCAAGAUCGUGGUGGAGCUGAACGAGAUGCGACCCUCUCUACUCUCUCCGAUCUCUCCAAGGAUAUUCGACGAGAACUCCGACGAGGUGGAGCAUGCGGAGGCGCAGGGGGACGGAGCUUAUCAGUCGAGGAAGAGGAGCGGCGAGUACGAGUCGGCCGAAAGCAAGAGAUCGAGAACGAGCCUGUCGAUAGAAGACGACCACCGCGUGCACGAUGAGCUCUCAGAGAAGACAAGCGCGGAGUGGGAGGCGAAGCUCCAGGGUGCCGAGCGAAGGAAAAAGCAAGGGGACGAGAAGGGGAGGAGCGAUGAUCUCAAGGGGCGGUUGGAGGCUUACUUCGAGGCAGCCGUUGAGUAUGUUGAGUACCUCACCUUCGAGUCGGACGCGAUGAAGGCUCACAACUUCUCACAAUCAACCGGCAAAUUGUUUCAGUACGUCUACUCACAGUAUAAAUGUUUGCCUGCGGACAGCCAACGGGGUAAGAUGCAUGUAGUGCGGGAGGGGAGCAUCAUGCACAGCGUUGCUGCGGAACUCCUCAAGAAGUUUCGAAGACACAGAGACGGCUCUUUCCACAAGCAGCCGAGGAGCCCGGAGCUGCUGAAUUUCCUGGGCAACGUCAAGAAGGCCAUCGCCAAGUUGAACGGUGAUGCACGCAUGACUUUUUUGAUGGCCGGGUUGUGA